UUCAUAUCGUCCGGAGAAGAAGAGGAAGAUGGGAGCGACUCGUAUAUUGAAAGCGCUACAGAGACUGACACGUUAACUGACACCGAGAACAGUAUGAACGCCCUCUUGACCUUUUCCCUUUGGAUAACCAUACUUUUUGUAGGUAUUGAACCUCGCCAACUGCGUCCUCGUAAACCUCCCGGCGAUGGACCUUGCACAUUAAAAGAAAUACUAUCUGCCGAAUCCUCAUUAUCAAGCAUUGCCACCGAGAUAACACCAAAUGUCAUUGCUUUACUCUCUGAUAAUGAAGAAGGGUCCAACGUCAUAAUGAUAAGUUCGGACUCCGAGUCUGACUCGGAUGAGGACGGGUUUAAAGGACAGGGCUACCGUACACAACAGAAAAAAGGGCCGCCGGAAUCGGACCCUGAUGUGCAACUCCCAUGCCCUAAACGAAGACGCGCUUCCGCAAUUCGUCGACAUGUUUCCAGUUCAGAAGGUUCUUGUUCUCCUUCCCCGGAGAAGCCUCCCACCAAGUUACGGCGGCUACGUCGGUGGACUGAGUCCUAGCUAAUUGGGAAAUCAUUGGCGGAUGCAGGUUUGUGCAUCGUA